GACCUUGACUGUUUCUAUGCACAGGUGGAGCAGCAGAGACGGCCCGAGCUGAAGGACAGGCCUCUAGGCGUCACGCAGAAAUUCCUGGUGGUGACUGCCAAUUAUGCCGCUCGAGGUCGAGGAGUCCCCAAGAUGGCCUCAAUUGAUGAUGCUCGAACCAGGUGUCCAGAAAUCGUGCUGGUCAAUGGGGAGGACCUCACGCCCUACAGGCAAGCCAGCAAGAGGAUCUUCUCUGUCCUUGCUCGGUUCGGAACCCUCGAAAGGCUCGGAUUGGACGAGGCGUUUGUGGACCUUUCACCUCAAGUGGCCGCCAUGGUGGCAGCAGGAAGCUUCAAGGAAGGCUUCCUUGGGCAUGUGGAGAGGGGUGCAGCAACAGGAGGAGGAAAAGGAGGAGGGGCAAGUGAGAUUGAUAGGGAAGGCGGACGAGGAAGUGAGGAGAAUGGUCAUGAUGAUCGUUGUCUGUUUCUGGGGCCAGGAGAGUGCCACUUGGCAGCAGGCAGUUGGCUGGCCGGCGAGGCAAGGCGAGCAGUGGAGGAGGAGACCGGGUACCAGAUGUCAUGUGGCGUGUCACACAAUAAAAUGCUAGCCAAGCUUGUGAGCUCCCGCCACAAGCCCAAUGACCAGACGACACUUGUCGCGUCCGCAGCCGUGGAUUUCAUCUCCAAUCUGCCCGUCCGGAAGGUACCAGGUGUCGGCAGGCGAUUGGAGGAGCAGCUUGCCUCGAGGGGUGUGACUGUAAUGAAGGGUCUUCUCGCCUUCACCCUUCAAGAUCUGCAGAUGUGGCUCGGCCCGAAGCUGGCGCCAUUCCUCUUUGGUGCGUGCCGAGCCUACGACCCCACACCGGUGACAUGCAAGGGACCAGCCAAGAGUGUGUCUGUGGAAGACUCGUUCCCGCCCAUCCACUCCCUUGCACAGGCUAAGCCUAUCGUGCACAGCCUGCUACCUGACCUGCUCACUCGCAUAGACGAGGAGUGGGAGGAGACAAGGAGACGACCAAAGACGUUCACUGUCAAAUGGAGGAAGAGAGAGAAGGAGUACCGGUUCACCUCUGCCUCGUGCCCCAUGCCUUCCCAAGCCCUCUCUCCCUCCACCCCUCCCGCCCUCCGCGUUUCCUCUCUCCUCCGCCUCGCCUCCUCCCUUCUCUCCCGUGCCUUCACUUCUCCUUCAGCUGCAGCUGCCACUUGUAGCAGCAGUAGAACAGAAGCUUCUGAGUUACCUUCUCUUCCAGCAGUGGCCAGCUCUACUGCUGCUGCCAGUUGUGAUGCUCGUGAUUCCGCAUUUCAGGUCCUCCCAGUGCUGGUGAUCAACGUGGGUGCCACGAAUUUCCUCUCCUCCUCCCCCCAGCAGCCCGAGUGUGGGCAGCCAGGGAGUGCUGCUGCUGCUGGGGGCCUGCAGCGGUGGCUGAAGAAAUCACACAGUACAGACACUGGGAAUGCUGGUGGAGGGGACCUGCAGCAGUGUCUUGAAACACACAGAACAGACACGGGAAGAUUCAAUGCUGGGGGCCUGCAGCGGUGGCUGAAAUCACACAGUACAGACACUGGGAAUGCUGGUUCUGGGGGUCUGCAACAAGGCAUCAAGCCACACAGAACCGACACUGGGAGUGCUGGUGCGGAGGGGCGGACGGCUCUGCCACUGCGGAGGGAUGCUGCUGCUGCUGGGAGUAUGGAUCGGUGGGUGAAGCCGCGAGGAGUGGGCGCAGGGUAUUUUGUACAGCGGGAAAGGGAGCAGAGAGAUGGGAGAGAGGAGGAAGAUGAGAUGAAAGGGAAGAAUGUGGUACUCGGUGCUGAGAAGAGAUGCUCGCAGGUGCUCCCACUGAGGAAGGCUGGGAGUGGGUACUUGGAUCGGUGGCUGGGGCCUCGAGUGGGUUCUAGGAAGAUGGGAGAAGAGGAGGAACUGGUGACGCAGGGAGGGGUGGCGAAGGCUGAUAUUGUUGAAGUGGAGGAGAGAGUGAGGGAUGGAGAGGGGGGGAAGGUGAGGGAUGGUGAUGAGGAUAACUAUGCUCAGGUGAUGCAUAAUGGUGGGUGUGUUGCAGAAGUGGUUCAAGGCUGGAUGGCUGUCAACGAGGGUGGAGGGGGGAUGUCGUAUCAGCCUGCAGAUUUGGACCUUGGUGCGGAACGUGCAACCGUUUAUGACGCUGCGUGUGCGACCGCGUGUGACACGUGGACGUCGAAUGGCAUUGCAUGCAAUAAUAUGUGGAGGUGCGAGGAAUGUGGGAAGCUGGUUCAGGCCGAAGGGGUGGAGGAGCAUCGUGACUAUCACUUUGCUUUGAGGCUGGAAGCAGAGGAAAACGGGGUGGCCAAGAGCUCAAAAUUAGACCGCCCUUUGAAGAGGGAGAUGGCAAUUGCCGAGGGCAAGCACACUCAGACAAUGCAAACCAAGCGUUCUAAAUCGGAGAGAAAGUUUUUGGGUGGCCCUGGAAAGGGAAAGGCAGACCGUAAUGCCACUUUGGAUGGAUUUGUGUCUCGCCAGAGUGUGCUUAAAUGA